GCUGGCCACAGAGGCACGAUCUAGACGAAGGCAUUUGCCCUUCUGCGUCCUUCGCACAGAUCAAUUCUGGACCUCGAGUCAAAUCACUUGUUUGCGAACACUUUGGACCACGACAAUGCCGCCAAAGCGGAAGAACAGAGUAACAAAGCCCGCAAAGGCAGCGGCUACAUCAAAGCUCCACUCAACUCAAACUGCCAGCACCAACGGGGUUAGCGCGCUUAAGCGACGCAGGUCUAGUGUGCAGGCCGGCAAGCCCUCGACCUCGCGCCUGCAACCCUCUGAGCCGUUACAUAUGACUACCCGUGGUGCUGCACGGCAGGCUUCAUCCCAAGCUACCAGUCCUGCCGCUGCUCCAUCGCCGUCCACCGUGGGCGACGGCAUCAACAGCCGUCGCAGCUCGUUGAAUGGCAUCUCAAAUAUUAUUGCGAACGGCAACGAUUCGGCCGACGAAGAUGUAGUCGAUACGCUCCAAUCCAGGGAUUCCGCAUCGCGCCGCAACAGCCAGCAAAUGGCUUCUUUUGUCUCGCAGGUCCCGGAUGUCCAAGUCGACGAACAGGAGAUUCCAAUCGUUGACCCGCCCAAGACGGCUGGGAGAAAGAGAAAGGCGCCGAGCGCCGAUUCGAACAACGCGACGGUCAUCAACAAGGCUGCCACCACCGUCAAUAAUCUCCCGUCGCAAGUGGACUCGGACCAAUCCGAAAAGCAGCCUCGCAGGAAGAAGCGCAAGACCACCAACACCCCUCCAGAGCCCGUCGAUGCUCCUCCCGAAUUGACCGACGACGCCUCUACUGGGCCUGCAUCGCCAGAGGAACCCAUUCCAGAAGUUGCGCCAAGCGAUACUCUCCAGAAUGUCUUGCCUGCGGGAGCCAGCGAUGUUCCUGCCAAGCGCCGCCUCCCCGGUCGCAGACGCCAACCCCAUGCGAACAUCAAUGUUGAAGUCAACUUGCGCCGCCAGCUGAAUUUGAAAAUGAGUUAUCGCAAGCUGGCCAAGGAGCAGAAGGCAGUGCUUGAAGAGUUGGCGAAGCGAACUUUGCAUAAUUUGCAUGAAGAUCCCAACUUCCAUAAGGAGGCGGCCGAGUAUGAGCACGUGAUGAGGCAGUUGGAUGCGCGCCUGCAACAGAGGCUCAAGGAGAUUAGAGACGAGCGACAGAUUAAGCUCGAUCAGCUUGAGCGCGUGCGUGUGGCACAGGAGCAUAUCCAGAGGGAACAGUUCAUCAACCGCUUCAAGGAGUUUCAGCAAAACUACGUCCUGCAAUGUAAAUACCGCAUGAAGCAAAUCGAACGCCAGAUGAGAGCUGAGCAAGGAGAGGCGACUGAUGAUGAGGAGCACGUCGUCGAAGCCACACAUAUGGCCUUCCCACUGCACGACGAGAACGACGUCUUAGGCUCUCGCUACGCCUCGCGCAGCAGAGCCUAUGUUGAGACGGAGCGCAUGCUUCGCGAUGACGAACUUCGCGCUCGCCUUAACCAGCGGCGAAUGUCGUUUGUAGCAGCGAACCCGGAUAUGGACGGCGAAGACAUUCCCACUAGCUUUGGCAACUUCAGCGGACCGGAAAACGAAAGAGAAGAGGCGUUUGCGCAUUAUAAUCUUGCUACUCUUGUUGAGGCCAUGGAGGUCGAUGGUGAGUCGCCUGCUCCGACACAGGGAGAAGUGGAACCUCUGAAGCCUGGCGUGGAUGAGGAGCCUCGGAAAAUUGCGUUCGUGGAGACCCCUCCGACGGUGAUUCCAAAUGAUCAGGCGGCUGCUUUGUUUUUGCUUGCUUCCAUUUCCGCGGAGAGGCCGCUUCAAGCUGAACAGCCGCAUCAGCAGGAGCAGGAAGCAGCGCAGUCGGAACAAACACAAGAGCGCUUGACUCGCGAGUUAAGUCCUGUGCGGGCUAUCACCCCUGGGAAGAUUGAUGCACCGACGAGCACCAUUCCGGUUCUUCCGCAGAACGAGGAGCAGGCAAAUGCUAAGGCAGAUUUGGCACGCCAGCAGGAACAGAACGCGGAUCUGAGUGUCGAACGAAUUCCUGCGGGGCACCCUGAGGCAGCUGCACUUUCAGCAGAGCUCCCAACAGAACAUCAAAACGGUGCUUCUGAGCGGCCAACUGAGCUUCCAACAGAGAAGUCAGCCACGACUGCAAAUGAUCUUCUAGCUUCGACUUCCCCACGUCGUCCAGGGACGUCCGAACUCCCAGUGAAGUCUACUAAAGAGUCUAUCUCCACGCGCAUCACCGAACUCCCAGCUGGUCUGUCAUCGGUCAAGCAGGGCGUAAAGCGCCAACAAGAUGAGGAAUCUGCGGACUACAUACCCCUUGAUGUUGGAUCUGACGACCAGGACGAUGGCCUCGACAAUGACGAUUCGUCGGCUGGAACUGGUAUCUCCCUUCAGCAGAGAGUGCGGUUUUCGGAGAAUCCCCAGUCCUCGCGAGACACUGCCGAUGACACUUCCGUAGUUUUGAACGCAGGGGAACCCAUGGAUCUGGAUCAGGAUAAAACCAAUGGUGGAUCGAGCAAGCAGAAUGUAGCCGCUGUCCCAAGUAAAAGCCUCGACCGCAUCGAGAAGGCCUGGGGUGAGAAGGCCAUUGACGAACUUGUCAAGGGCAGAGUCGGUAUCACACAAGCUGAUCUGUCCAACAAGGAGAUAUUGGAUUGUCUCGCACAGAUCGCCACCAGCGAGGAGGUCACAGUCGGCGAUUUCAUUGAGGCGGCCAUUUGGGAUCAAGAGAAGAACGGUCCUUGGAGCCUCGGGCUGCGUGUCCCUCAGAUCGAAGAUAUCAAGCGUGUGCAGCAACGUCUGAAAGAGACCGGUGAAAGCAAGAAGGCUGGCCUGCCACAUACAGCCUCCGAUGCUUCCACCACCAACAACGCCCAAACCCAGACUUCCAGGCCUGAUGGGGAACAGACCACUGAAAAAAAACGCAGGAAAUCUGGAGAGAAACCUGGUAAGCGCCCAGAGAAUGAGCGGCAUCUCUCAAGGAACCAGGAAAGAAUCAUGAGCACACCUGUAAACGGCUUGCAAGUGCUAGAGAAGCUGAGGGCGCUGGCAAGAGAGAAGGCUGAAGGAGGCGAAGCUGCGGAAUGGAGGCCGAAAGACUCUCCCCCGUUGGCGGCAGACCGAGGCGAGCAGUGCGAUCCUGCUGCUGAAUCGUCCCAACACGAGAUUGUCGACCUCAUGUCUGACGUUUCUGAGCCUGCAGCACACCGAUGCGAGGAUGGCCAUCCUGCUGCUGGAUCCUCUGAACGCAAGAUUGCCGACAUCUUCUCCCAUCCAUAUGAAGCUAGAUCAGGCCAUCACCGGGAUCGCCUCUCUAUGUCAUCCAUCGUCAACGAUGACAGGCAACAGGACGAGCAAGUUCGCCGUCUCUCACUACCGAUGCCUUACCAGGAGACUCCAUCCGCGCGCGAAAGUAUAAGCCGUCAUGACCCGAGUUUGCCUCUCUCUAGAAUGAGGGCGAUGGUGAAGAAUCUGCAAGACGGUGCGGAUCGCCCUCGUGUUGCCUCCGUAUCGGAAGGGCGGCGACUCCCUUGGGAGCGGGGAUCUCUCGAGACUACGCAGGCGGCAUCUUAUCACACACCAGCGCCUGCGGCCAACACCAACCCAUACGGGAGGGACGGCGAUCCCAAGAGUUCGUCUUCCUGGGAUCCCAGCAGGCGUAUGAGCGAGUCCGCACCCUCCGCUCGUCCUUCUGUCGACCGCCCAGAACUUGGAGGCAGAACCGCAGCUCGCACCCCCCCAACAACUACAGCUACACCAUCCUCCUCACGCCCACCAGCAGGGCUCCCGCAUCCGCUCUCGUACCCAAAUCCGCACCGCUCUCGAAACUCGGCGUCAUCUUCUUCCUUGCCCGCAAAACCUGCUGCACCACCACCACCUCAACCUCCAGUAAACUUCCGCUUCGCCCAUUACGAGCCUGCUCCCCCUCGUCCAGCGUCUUAUCAAACCGGACCUCCGCCACCGCUACCUGGUUUCCACGGCAGCCAUGGACGGCAGGCACAUCAACUCCCACCUCCGCCACCACCGGUAUACCACCAGUCGGCUGCCGCUCCCAUCCCCCUCCCACACACUUUCAUCGGCGUACAGCAACCUGCAGGAGGAAGCUCAGUAGGAGGCUACGUCCCGCCACCAGGAAGCUUCCAGGCGCCUCCUCCACCGCCACCGCUCCAACAGCAACAACCACCGCGCACAGCGAGUCCACCCGUCUACCCUCCGCUGCGCAUAACGCAGUACCAUGACCAGGCCCCACCGCCAACGGGGUAUCCGCCCAUGGGCCCGCCCCCACCGCAGGGAUAUGCGUAUGCGACGUCCCCGCCUCAGGGGCAUGCGAGUCCUGCUCCCAUCUUGGGGCCUGCAGGUGCGGCGGGUGCUGGACCGCAGCCAGGGGUGCAGGGCCAGGGCCAGGGACAGCAGGGACAGCAAGGAGGACCCGGGGAGGCUAGACCGAGGAGGCAGUAUCGUGCGUAUCAUGCGCCGGAGACGAAGUUUAGGCCGUACCAAGGGCCGGCGGGAGGACGGAGGUGAUGGAGAUUGAGAUGGAGUUGGUAUUGGGGGUGGAGUUGAGUGGGAGGAGAAAAAGGGGGUGGUUGGAUAGGCAAGCUCUUGGAUGGAGGAGAUGAUAGGUGCAGUGCUUCUUUGUAUAUUUGCUCCCUGUGCGCCUCCUUCCUUGAAUGACGAGGUGCUUCGGGGGAGGACAUUGUACACUUUGUACACUUUUGGCUUUUCUGUACGUCUACCGUGGCUGGAUUCGGU